AAAUUGGAGGUGAUUCUCCACUGAGAAAUUGGACAAAACCUUGGAGAUGCUCGGCAGGGAAAAUCUGGAUGCGUGUUUAUCGGGGCGGGACCCACCAAAUCUCGGCGGGGAUUCUUCAGGACGAAACAGUUAUGGCUUAAGCGACCUGUUCAUUCAUCCUUACAAAAACACACUGCAGCUGCAAUCCUCCUCCUCCUCCUACAUCUCACAAUGUCUACACGCAUGCGCUUAGUCGCUGUCUUCGUACACACACCUCUUUCUUCAAUUAAUAUUAAUCUUCCGAAAUCUCUUCACCCCUUCCCGCAUUUCCUCAAACUCAAAAAUAUUUGCCUAAUUUGGGGUUCCUGCUGCUAUAGCGUCAAGGGUUCGAGUUCCUUUCUCUUCUGCACAGCGCACCAGUGCUUUUGCUUCUAACAAUUCCAUUGAAGCUCACAAAAUGUCAGCUUAUUUGGAUGGUGAUGAAAGAGUACGACGGAUUGCUGCUGCUAUCCGUGUGGUGCCGGAUUUUCCGAAGCCUGGAAUUAUGUUUCAAGACAUAACAACCCUGCUUCUGGAUCAGAGAGCAUUUCAGGACAGCAUUGAUAUAUUUGUUGAAAGGUACAAGGAUAAGAAUAUCACAGUGGUUGCAGGAAUUGAAGCUAGAGGAUUUAUAUUUGGCCCACCUAUUGCGUUGGCUAUUGGAGCCAAAUUUGUGCCUAUGAGAAAAUCAAAUAGGUUGCCAGGUGAGGUUAUUUCUGUGAAGUAUGCAUUGGAGUAUGGAACAGACAUUAUGGAGAUGCAUGUAGGUGCUACACAACCAGGAGACCGCACUCUUAUUGUUGAUGAUGUCAUUGCCACAGGGGGAACUUUAUGUGCAGCCAUGAGUUUACUAGAGCGUGUUCAUGCUGAUGUUGUUGAAUGCGCAUGUGUCAUUGGGCUUCCUGAGUUGAAGUUUUAUUUCUCCAGGGCCGGGAAAGGUUAGGCGGAAAAUCACUUUACAUCCUGGUAGAAUCUGUUUAAUGCCUUGGAACAAUUGCGGAUAUCAUGGGCGUAAUGCAUUUGCAGGUUAAGAGAUUACUAUGAUAACAUUAUUCUUUGUACUGCAUGAGUUAUGGUGAAGUGGACCUAGUAGCUGAGGUCAGACUCUGAAUUGGAAAUCUUAAUUGACAAUUUGGUAUACCUCUUGUUUAUUGAUUUCAAACUUUAAACUGGGUAUGCUUUAGUUUCCAGGUCACAUUAGAUACAUUUUAAGAGCCUUUCAGAUUCUUAAAGAACUUCUAACACUCUUGGCAGUAGUACAAAAUUAACUGAACUAAAGCUUCCGGUCUUGGUCUAAGGUUUCCUAAUCGGGAUAUUGUAAAGAACUGUUUCUUCCUGACAUAGUAUGGAUAUAUCAGAUCAUUGGUUCCUAACAUGGUUAAAUGCAUCUGGGUGAUAGACAUAUGCUUCAAUGUGGUUUUACAUAUAUAACUUUUUUCUGGGAUA